AUGGCUGAAAAUCAGACAUCCGUCACAGAGUUCAUCCUGCUGGGGUUUCCCCUGGGCCCAAAGACUCAGGGGUUCCUCUUUGGGAUCUUCCUGCUGUUCUACACCCUCACCCUGCUGGGGAAUGGAGUCAUUCUGGGACUCAUCUGGCUGGACUCCAGACUGCACAGCCCCAUGUAUUUCUUCCUCUCACACUUGGCCGUGGUUGACAUCGCCUAUGCUUGCAACACAGUGCCUCAGAUGCUGGUGAACCUCCUGAAGCCAGGCAAGCCCAUUUCCUUUGCUGGCUGUGUAACACAGACAUUCCUCUUUUUGACGUUUGCUCACACAGAGUGUCUCCUGCUGGUGGUGAUGUCCUAUGACCGGUAUGUGGCCAUCUGCCACCCACUGCGGUAUUCUGCCAUCAUGAGCUGGAGAGUGUGCAUCACACUGGCCAUGACUUCGUGGAUGCUAGGACUCUUCUUGGCCCUUGUGCAUCUGGUGUUACUUCUGCCAUUGCCUUUCUGUGGACCUCAGAAGAUCAAUCACUUUUUCUGUGAAAUAGUAGCUCUUCUCAAACUUGCCUGUGCAGAUAUUCACAUGAAUGAGAUCAUGGUUUUGACUGGGGCAGUUUCUGUGCUGGUGGGACCUUUCUCUUCAAUUGUGGUAUCUUACAUUCAUAUUCUAUGUGCCAUCCUAAAGAUCCAGUCCAGUGAGGGGCGCCAGAAAGCCUUUUCCACCUGUUCCUCCCACCUUUGUGUAGUUGGACUCUUUUAUGGCACAGCCAUUAUUAUGUAUGUUGGGCCACUAUAUGGGAAUCAAAAAGACCAGAAGAAAUACCUGCUCCUCUUCCACAGCCUCUUUAAUCCCAUGCUCAAUCCCUUGAUCUAUAGUCUACGGAACAAAGAAGUCAAAGGUGUACUAAGGAAGAUAUUUGGAAAUGGAAGGACUGUUUGA